CCCCCGGCCCCGCCCGGCCGCCGCCCCGCCCGCCCCGCGGGCCGGGCUCCGGGGGAGCCGCCGCUCGGCCGGAGCGGGGCUGGCGGCGGCGGGACGUGGGCUCUUUCAUGCCCUGCCUUGCUCUUCCCCCCUCCUAAAACUUCCUUCUGAAGGAUGGCAGCUGCCUCUUUCCGCUAUGGCAUGACCAUCACCGGUGCCGUGCUGCUGGUGACGGGAACGCUGUGCUUCGCCUGGUGGAGCGACGGGGAGGUGGGCACCCCGGCCAGCAGUGGGGCUCGCCUCCUGCCUCCCCAGGAAGCUGAGGCAGUUCCCAGCUCAUCCUCCAGCGCCCUGCUCCGCUCCGUCAGCUUCUUCUGCUGCGGCAUUGGUGGCAUCCUCCUCCUCUUCGGGCUCCUCUGGUCUGUGAAAGCCAACGCCAGGGUGGUCUCCCGCCGCUACCAGUACCAUUUCCCCAGGGACCUGCAGUACUUCACUGCGGAGCCUCUGGAGAAGUGGAACUGCAGCACCUGGGAUGCCAGCGCCAUCCCCACCUAUGAAGAAGCUCUGACCUGCAGACCUGCCCAUAGCGCUCCAGCCUAUGUCCAGCCUCCGAGGAGGAAGGAGGAGCUCACACCGCCCCUGUACCGCUACCUGGAGGAGGAUGACAGCUGGCAGGGUGGCCGCCGGCGCAGCUCCUCCGACAGCGCCUUGUUCCGCCCCAGCCCAUCCUGGCUGGAGACCCAGCGCCUCGGGGAGCUGCAGGCAACGCCUCCCCCCAGCUAUGAAAACAUCAGCAUCCGGGGCAUCUGAGUGGGCAGCAGCGGGGAGCUGGGACUCUGCGGGUGGCUGCCCAGUCCCUUGGCUUUAAACUGAGCCCCUUCCAUUGCCGGGGUGAGAGGAGGGUGGGCAAAGACAGGAAAGGCGGUGGGGUCUGUCUGGCUUUCCAAACGAUCAGUCCAGGGCUGUUGGGAUUGUGGGUCCAGUGAGCAAUAUGUUCAGAGCGGAAGGGGUAACUGGCAUGUUUGAAAGCCUUCAUAUUUUUAAUAAAACCACUGCUUGUUGCA